UGUCAAAGCUUUCUUCAUCAAGUUUGCAAGUGAAACAACUCAAACCUCACAGUAUUCCGAUUUUGAUAAAUUUAUAUGGAAGGCCGAAGUCAUUAGUUUGGCUGAGAUCGCGAUGCUUAAACAAGAAACAACAUGUGUCACCAUAGCGAAGUUGGAGAAGUUUGAAGUUGGUAAUUCCGGUUGGUAUUACGAUGGUUGUGCCGAAUGUACCAAGAGCGUCGCUGUAAAAGAUGGCAAACUUAAGUGCUAUGCAAAUCACAUAAGUUCUGAACCCGUGCCAAGGUACAAGCUUGAAGUGUUGGGAGUUGAUGGUAAAUUCAAGUCCCGUUUCGUCUUUUGGGAUAGUGACUGUUUCAAGUUAAUUGGAAAAUCUGCUCUACAGAUGAAAAAUGAAUUAGUGGAGGCCGGUGAAGACAAUCCGUUAGAAUUCCCUUUUGGUCUUGAUGCUAUGUUGAAGAAGGAGUUGGCAAUUAGAGCUGUUUUUCAACCGAAAUUUAAUCGUUUUUCGGUUAUUAGCUUUAAAGACGAUGAAGAUUCACGUAAGAAAGUUAAGGACACCUUCAAGUCUCAUGAGGAUGUAUCGAAAAUUCCAAUUUCAUUGUCUUCCUCACAAGAUGAUAUGAAGAGUUUAUCGGAACCUUUAUCUGUAUCUGCUGAUUUCGACCCCAAUGCUGCGAAUUCUGUGAUGACCCCCUGUAAACGUAUAAAUCCUGAAGCGUCAGAAGAUGUUGAAAGUGUUCAACUUUCCUCUACGAAGACGAUGAAACCUGUAAAAAAGGAAGAUGGUCGAUAGAUGAUGAUUGAGUUAUUUGUAAUAUUUCAUGGAAUUUCAUAGUUUUGAUUUUGUUAUAUUUUAGUUUUAAAUCGACAAAUGUUUCAAGACAAUCCAAACUAUUUGGAAGUUGAUUUUUUGUCUAUCUUAUGCGUUUCAAUUAUGAUGUUUUUGGUUC